AUGAAGUGGCAAUCGUACUCUGGUGUUGCGACCGAUGAUGGGGAACACACAGACAAGGAAAGCAGUGAUGGGCACUUCAUCUCAGGAGCACAGUCUACACAAGGUCUAGGAGCGCAAACACGCCCAGAGAGGAACAACACGGACCAACGGACGCACUCUGUGCUGGGGUUCGGUACCGAAAACACCGUUGAAGCUUUGAAGUCGAGGGGAAUGGGGCUUGCAAACUUCCUGCGGGACAAAACUGCAGCAGCCAGCGAAAGCCUCAAGCAGCGCGACUGGACCAGGGAGCAGCUUGCAAUCUCCUCGCUCAAGACCUGGAGCACAGGGGCAGCAGAGCGGGUGCAGAUAGCCACAGCACUGGGCAUCAAGCAGGCCAAGGACGGCAUCAGGUCCUUCGCAGGCGGCCCGCUCUCGAGCAUCUGCAAGCAGGAGGCGGCGAAUCGGCCCUGUCCGCGGAUAAUCCUGGUCUGCUGCACGCACCUCGUCACAGGGGGCCUCUCAGCAGAGGGCCUCUUCCAGAAGGAUGCCCCAGAGGACCUCGUGCACUUCCUGCUGGGUGCCUUCGAGGAAGGUGCUGGUGUUGUGAUGCCUCCACCAGGCACAUCGCCGCAUGUGGUGGCAAACACCCUGAAGCGCUUCCUGCUCACCCUGCCAGAGCCCCUCCUCACAUACAAGCUGCUGCCGCACUUCAUCCAGGCGGGGCUGGAGAGCCCAUCGCGCUGCGCCAUCAUCAUCAGCGAGCUGCCCGUGCCCAACCAGACCAGCCUCCAAAUCCUGCUCGAGACCCUCUACCGGGUGGCAGGGAACGCUGCGGAGAACGAGAUGGAUGCGCAUGCGCUGGCGCUGUCUCUCGCGCACUGCAUCGCCUGGCACCCACCGCCGCACCACGAGCGCAGAAGGGUGGGCACGGCGCGAGCAGGCGAGGCGGGCAGCGAUUAUGGGGACGGCUUCGCGGGUGAGUCACCCACGGGCGGAGGCGUGCGGACCGAUCUGUCGCCCGAUGAGAACGGGGCGAUCGUGGGGGCCCUGGAUUACUUAAUCUCCAAUUUCCAGCACCUGUACAGCGGCGAUGCCUCCCCGCUCUAUAGCACCACGCACACCCUGGAAUGA